ACACGCCACGAUGCGCAGUGCGCACCCCUUCCUCUCCGCCUCUGCGCACAACAUAGGGAAAAAAAAAAAAGGCACCCCCUGUAAAUUCUCUGACCGUUUUCUGUGUUUUUGCUUUCGGAAAACUUCUGCAACACAUAUCUUCGUUUCCAUGCACGAAGUCUAUGCGAUGGAAGGUGAAAAGCAGGUCUUCGCAGCUCUCGCGGGUGCGUUUUCCAGGCCCUCGUGGACUCUCCUCUUGCUCUCCUUCAUCCUUGUAGCGCUUUUCUCGUUCCAGAUUACUACCAAACCGAUUUUCCCGAUAUUUACGGUUUGGCGUUCGGAGAAAACCGGGUUUUCGGCCGGCCUACCAACUUGUGUCGGCUUUUUCCUGAACGGGCCGCGGCGGCGGGCUGUUAUGCGCAUAACGGAUUUCGGUGGGGUUGGCGAUGGUGUGACUUCCAAUACGGUGGCGUUUCGGAGAGCUAUACAUUACAUGCAGCGUUUCGGGGACACAGGUGGGUCGCAACUUAAUGUUCCGAGGGGGAGGUGGGUUACCGGUAGCUUUAAUCUUACCAGUAAUUUCACGCUUUUUCUUGAAGAAGGCGCUGUUAUCUUGGGUUCUCAGGAUCCUAAGGAAUGGCCGAUUAUAGAGCCUUUGCCUUCAUAUGGAAGAGGAAGAGAGAGGUUGGGAGGAAGACAUAUAAGCCUCAUCCACGGAGAUGGUCUCAUGAAUGUUGUUAUUACAGGAGAGAAUGGCACAGUUGAUGGUCAGGGGAAGAUGUGGUGGGAUCUGUGGUGGAACAGAACACUGGUGUAUACCAGAGGCCACCUCCUGGAGUUGAUGAACUCUAGAAAUGUUCUCAUUUCCAACCUCACCUUUCUCAAUUCUCCCUUUUGGACCAUCCAUCCUGUUUAUUGCAGUAAUGUUGUUGUAAAAAACAUGACAAUCUUGGCUCCCCUGAAUGCCCCAAACACUGAUGGCAUAGACCCUGACUCAUGCUCCCAUGUGUGCAUAGAAGACUGCUAUAUUGAGAGUGGGGAUGACCUUGUGGCUGUGAAGAGUGGGUGGGACCAUUACGGCAUUGCCAUGGCACGUCCAAGUUCGAACAUCAUAGUGAGGAGAGUUUCAGGCACUACACCAACUUGCUCUGGGGUUGGAAUAGGCAGUGAGAUGUCAGGUGGGAUUUCUAAUGUAACUGUGGAGAACUUGAAUGUUUGGGAUUCAGCAGCUGGGGUGCGUAUAAAAACAGACAAGGGGAGAGGAGGAUAUAUAGAAGACAUUAUUAUACGUAACAUUACCAUGGAGAGAGUGAAGAUACCCAUUAGGUUUAGUAGAGGCUCUAAUGAUCAUCCGGAUGAAAGAUGGGAUCCUAAAGCAGUUCCAAAAAUAAACGGUAUUUUUAUCAGUAAUCUGGUCAGUUCAAACUCGGGAAAGGGCCCAGUAUUGAAGGGUAUUGAGGAUGCACCAUUUGAAAGGAUAUGCAUGAAAAAUGUUACUCUACUUGGUUUAGGACCAUCUGCAACAUGGCAUUGUGAAUUUAUAUCUGGUUUCGCAGAAGGGGUAUUUCCAAGGCCAUGUUUUGAAUUGCAAAAUAAUGGCUCUUCAAGCUGCUGUUCAGUGUAUUGAGUUGUUAUGGAUGUUUUUGAAUGGGUACAUGGAAAUGUUGGUAUGGGUUUUGGAUGCUUUGGAUCAUUUACUGUGCCGACAAAAGAAGCCUGCAUGCUUGGGCUGUUUAGGGGGCGUUAGAUCUGAUAUGUACUGCACUAAGGGCAAGACUAGAUUGGGCUUUUUGAGUAAAUAUGUUUGUGUUCUUGAAACGGGUGAAAUUUGAACCUGGGUUUGCUUUCUUAUGAGCUUGCAAAGCACAGUGGCCUGCUGCCUGCCGCUUGACUGAGUCUACAGAGAUGCAAUUUUUCAUGUGCAAUAGAACUUGCUUUUCUGGACAGGUUCAUCACGAUUCUCAUCCCCAACUUUAUUUUUUUUUUCAUUGGAUGGGUUUUUGUGUAUUUAGUUUGUGACUUGGAUGGGUUUUUGUAUAUGUUUGUGUUCUUGAAACGGCUGAAAUUUGAACCUGGGUUUGCUUUCUUAUGAGCUUGCAAAGCACAGUGGCCUGCUGCCUGCCGCUUGACUGAGUCUACAGAGAUGCAAUUUUUCAUGUGCAAUAGAACUUGCUUUUCUGGACAGGUUCAUCACGAUUCUCAUCCCCAACUUUAUUUUUUUUUUCAUUGGAUGGGUUUUCGUGUAUUUAGUUUGUGACUUGGAUGGGUUUUUGUAUAUCUAGUUGGUGAUUUUUAUCUUGACAUGCAAUUAUAAAUGGGGUCCAUUUAAUCCCAACAGGA